UCGCUUGACGCUUGUCGUCAUUCGUCAUCAAUCCAACAUAGUACAUACCUAGUAAAAUAAUUAUCAGUCUGAUUGUAGACUGAUGUAGUUUUUGUUUAACUGUAUCAGUGACCGUAUUUUAUUUUUGCUAUGUUACACAUUGUAAAUUAUUUGAGCUAACCAAAACUCGUUUGUCCCAACUUACGUUCAGUGUUAUUUAAAUGCUAGUCCAUAACUUUGUGAUAUGGUGAUAAUGACAUGUUAUCGUGUGCUCUUAGUUUUUAUUUUAGCAAUAAUAUGUGUGAGUACAGAGGAGGAAACAACACAGAGAAUGACAAAAGCUGAAAGGGUCAGAUUGAGAGAAGAUGCGAGACGUAUGUUCUAUCAUGCAUACAAUGCGUAUAUGGACAACGCGUAUCCAGCAGACGAGCUGAUGCCGCUCAGCUGUCAGGGUCGAUGGCGAGGUAUCACUCCGAGCCGCGGAGAUAUGGACGAUGUACUGGGCAACUUCUCACUGACGCUGGUAGACAGCCUGGACACGUUGGCCGUGAUGGGAGACUUCUCCGAGUUCAGUCGCGCCAUCAAACUAGUGAUUCGUGACGUCACGUUCGAUCACGACAUCAUUGUAUCAGUCUUUGAGACGAAUAUACGGAUGGUCGGAGGACUUCUUUCGGCUCACGUAUUAGCGACAGCCCUAAAAAACGAAGUACCAGCCCUGCAAUGGUAUAACGGUGAGCUUCUAGAAAAAGCCGAAGAUCUAGGAAGAAGGUUGCUGCCUGCCUUCAAUACAUCUACAGGCAUUCCACAUGGGAGGGUGAACCUCCGUCACGGCAUCCGAGGGUUGUCAGAAUCGCGAGAAACGUGCACCGCGUGCGCAGGGACGAUGAUAUUGGAGAUGGCAGCCCUGUCGCGUUUGACGGGCAACCCUGUCUUCGAACAGAAAGCACACAAGGCUAUGGACGGCUUGUGGAAGAUAAGACACAGAACUUCCGACCUGAUGGGUACAGUAAUAAACAUACAUUCAGGUGAUUGGGUCCGGAAAGAUUCAGGCGUUGGUGCCGGAAUAGACUCCUACUAUGAGUACUGUCUCAAAGCAUACAUUUUGCUUGGAGACGAGAAAUACCUAGCCAGGUUCAAUAGACACUACAAUGCUGUCAUGAAGUAUAUAAGCAGGGGUCCUAUUAUGCUGGCCGUUCAUAUGCAUAGGCCGCAUCUCCAAUCGCGAAAUUUCAUGGACGCGUUGCUGGCUUUCUGGCCGGGCCUGCAGGUGCUAUUGGGCGACGUUCGGCCGGCGGUCGAGACGCACGAGAUGCUGUACCAAGUGAUGCAGCGGCACACGUUCAUACCUGAGGCUUUUACGAGCGACUUUCAGGUACACUGGGGCCAACACCCACUCCGUCCCGAAUUCCUAGAGUCCACCUACUUCCUCCACCGAGCGACGGAAGACGACCACUACUUGCAAGUCGGCAAAACAGUACUAAAAGCGUUACAGCAAUACACCAGAGUGCCUUGCGGGUAUGCAGCCGUCAAUGACGUCAGAACAAGGAUACACGAAGACAGAAUGGAUUCCUUCGUCCUUGCUGAGACGUUUAAAUACCUAUAUAUGCUGUUCGGUGAAGACAAGGACUUGCCAAUUAAAUUAGAGGACUACGUGUUGACGACGGAAGCCCAUUUUCUGCCGUUAUCAUUGGCGACCGAUGGAAAGAAUGCGACGCAAUUGGACAUCCAGAUGGAUGAUGAUGAUGAUGAUAAAUAUAGAAAAACGUGUCCCAACACGGCGUCGCUGGUGGCGGAGAAGGUCCGCCGGCCGAUGCGGCAGAUGCUCGGCUCGAGCGCGGCCCGCCCGCCGGCGCGCCUCCGCCCGCUCAACGAUCCGCGGCAGAUACACGCGCUCGCCGACAUGGGCAUAUCCGUGAUCACGCUGCCCGACGGGCGGGUGCAGCUGCUGUAUACGGCUAUUACGGCUAAAUCUCAAAAGGACGCAGCGGAGGGACUCACAUUCAUGCGCGAAAUGUCCAAAUGGAAUUCACUCAGCGAUGCCGAGAACGGCGUAGUAGCGGCCGGGGUCAAGAUUAACGACAAAGUCUUCCCGGCCGGCCCCGGGCAUUUCGGCAAGGAAAUCACGGGCAGCGAAAGGUACGUAGGCACCGUGCACUUCGCGAUACCGGCAGAUGCCUGUUCCACUAUCAAGAACAAGGAGGAGAUUUCUGGAAAAUUCGCGAUCGCCACCCGUGGACAGUGCACCUUCGCACAAAAGGUCCGGAACCUUCAAGACGCUGGCGCCCACCUGGCCAUCGUUCUGGACAACAUCAAGGACUCGACUCACGAAAGCACCGCCCUCUUCGCAAUGUCCGGAGAUGGAAAAGACGAUAUACAGAUCCCAGCUGUAUUCCUCUUCUCCAAGGAAGGCGCUUUCCUCAAAGCGGCGUUGAAAGAAAACCCGGGAAUCAUAUUAGUAGUCGGCGAACUCAAGUCCAUGAAGCGGGAAUACGAAAACAGCUGCGAUAAUGGGAACUGCGACUUGCUGCAGACUCCGGUCUCAAUAGACAAGGAGUCUUUCGACCUGAAACGCGUCUUGAGCCAAUUGAUAGCGCAGUUCGAGCUCACACUCUCCAACGAUGACAAUCAGAGAACCUGUGAGGACACCGGCGACGUCUAUUUGAAGAGCAAAAAGGAAGACGACUCGGCGAAAGUUUGCAAAGUGAGGGACGGAGAUGUUAAAAGCAAGCAAACCGUAAUGGAAGCGAAGAACGAUGGCAAAACGGACGGCGUGUGAAAAUUAUAUCGUGUGUGUACAUACAGAUGUAAGAGAAGAUUUGUGUAAAUGUGUAAAUAUCGGUUGUAAGGGGGUGUUUCGUGCCUUGGAAUAUUUACGAAUUCCACGUUUUAAUUUUACGAUCAUACAGCAAUAACUCCGUUCCUACAAUCGUGUUGCGAAUUAGCUGACCAUUCGACAAUAUUUGAAGUGUAUCGAAUGAUACGAGAAUAUCUAUCGCCGUAUUCUAAAAUCCGUUUGUUAUAGAGAAAGCAAUAAUUAAUCGUUCCACGUGUUACCGACUUUUUUAAAUUUUAAACGGUGUUCGACUUGUUAUAUUUUAUACAUGACGUAUUUAGUAGGUGUCACAGUAAUAUUGUAGAAAUCGUUAGAUUAUUAACUC